AAAAAAGAAAAUCGUUCGGUUGGUCUUUAAUUUGAAAUUUUAUGGCCCACGCAUUUUUGAUACCCUUAUCUGAAGAUGCUAAAGGACUUAUAUUAAACAGUCAAAUAGAGAUAACAAUCGGUAGGUCAUGCACUGCCACAUAUUCUUUCCCAGUUAAAAAUAUUUCAAAAAAUCAUGUUAGCAUACUAUAUAAUAAUGGCAAAUGGGAAUUAUCGGAUUUAGGAAGCUUAAAUGGUAGCUAUCUAAAUAAAGUGAAAAUUGUGCCUUUUGAAUCUUAUGAAUUAAAGGAAAAAGAUAUUAUUUAUUUGGCUAAACCCUUCCUUUUCAAAUUUACUACUGAUCCAUUUAAGUUUUCAGCAGCAUUAGAUAGAUCUUUAAAUGAUUCUUCCUCUGAAUUUGACAGUGAUGAAUAUAUAAAGAGUCUUAAAACUUUUGAAAUAAAUGAACAAGAUAAAUUUAUGGCAAAGUCUGGAAAACAUUUGCACAAUCAUGCUGAUAACCUCCUGAAAGAAGAAUGCUCAGCUGUCAAAAAGAUUAAACUAACUAAAGAGACCAAGAUAUCUGAAAAUGAUUCGCCAUCUGAGAAACAUUUUGUAGAAACUGAUAGUGAAAAUAAUGAAGAUAAACACAUAGCCACAAUCAUUAAAAAAUCCUCAAAAGGUGAUAAUAAACCUCAUCAAAUCUUGAUACGUUCAGAUCAGGCCCAUACAAUAGCUAUUAGUUUGACUGACAUCACUGCUGGAAAUAUAAAACCCAACUUAUUUGUUAGUUUAGCUGGUCAAUUGAAAUCAGAAAUAUUGGCUAAAGAUGAGUUGAUAUCUGUCCUGACAAAAGAAUCAAAUUUAAGAAAAAAAUUGAUCGAGACAGAAAGAUUGGAAUACAAAACCAAGAUUAAUAAAGACUACCAGAUAAAUCUCACAGCCAAGGAGGUAGAAAUCGUCAAGUUAUUAGAAGUUCAGGGAGAUUUAACCAAAAGCUUGACGGCGAUUAAGAACGAGGGAAGUAUUAUGAAAGAAGAGAUGAGUCGGUUGAACGAACAGUUAUCCCAAUCUUGCGUGGAUUUGGACCAAAAGCGCAAAGAAAUGGAAGAGCUCAUGGCCAACAAGAUCCAGCUCGAGAUAAAUUUGUCGCAAUGCGAGCAUGAGAGGUUGGAAUUUCUCAAAAAUUUUGAAACCUCGAUAAAUCCCGAUAAUGAGGAAAUGAGGCGAAAAAUUACAAGUUUGAUUGAAAACGAUUUUCAAUGCGUUAUUUGUCAAGAAACGCUAAUCAAGGCUACUGCCAUAAAUUGCUCCCAUAUCUUUUGCUGCUCAUGCCUUGACACCUGGCUCCAAACAAAAAGGGAAUGCCCAGUAUGUCGGGAAGGAUACUAUAGCAAAUGCAGGGUCCUGGCUUUAGAUAAUUAUUUGGACAAUCUUGGUGACAAGAUGCUUAGUAAAGAAUGGAACGAAAAAAGGAAGGAGCUUAAAAAAUCGCGGGAGGAUAAAUUAAAGGGCAAAAAUUUAGCCGCGACUACUUCCAGAAACCGAAAUAGUACUCGCCAACCCCAACCUAAUAAUUCAGGCAAUGGAUCUUUCCUCUCCACUUACCUGGAUUUUUUGACUAAUACUUACAACAGUAGCAGCGUAAUUCCCACGCACUCUUCCACUACCACUGGGUUCGACAAUGAUGAAAUUCCAGAUUGGAUGCUUUUACAAAAUUCAGGCACAAGGAAUAAUAGGAGACGCCAAAACAGUGUGCUUAAUGAUAUCUACGGGAUCUUUAAUCAAAUUAACAGACCUUCCCGAAGAGCUAGAAGACGCUCGAUAAGACGAGGUAGUAUUAUUAACCCUAAUCCGAAUGUAGCUUCAACAUCAGCUGCUUCUGUCAGAAAUAGAGGCUCACGUAACAACCGAGGAGUUGCAAGAUCCGGCCUUAGAUCUUCGACCAAUUUAGCAACUACUCCCGCGGAAAUAAACUCUAUUACGAAUAUACCCAGGCCCACUAAUCCGCCAAGAAGAGAUUUACAAGAAAUAUUGAUAGACGACAUAGACAACGAUAGCGACAUCAUCGUUAGAAGGAGAAGGAAUUUGAGGAGCAUUCCAGAUAAUGGUGAUGUCAGAAAUAGUAUAUGGAUUAACAGUGAUAUAGAAGAAAUUGAUAUAAACGAUGUAUCAACUCAAAGCGAUUCGUCCGAAGAUAUGGAUAUCCCGUUAUUCCCUAUGCGUAGUGGUUUCUCGGAUAUCGAUUCCCAGAAUUCAUUGUUCAGUGCUGAAGAAAUAAAUCUAGACGACUAUUCAUUUCAUCCCACACCUCGUCCUAACGUCAACGCCAGGAUCCGCACCAGGAAUAAUUCAUCAAGGAGUAGGGGAAAUAUAGGUACCAGGAGCACAAUUAGUAGAUCAAGGAAUAAUAUGCCAGCAAAUGGUGUUGCAUCUAGAAGACGAGGCAAUAACAGUAAUAGGAGAGGACAAAGGAAUUAAAGUUAAAAUUUAACGUAAUAACAACUCAACAAUGGGAAACCCGUAACUCAACAAUAUGAACGACUAGAAUGCUCCUGAUAUUAUAUAUUCAAUAUAUUACAUGAAAG